AUGUGGUGGCUUGGUCAGAUGAGAGGCCCUGUAACCAGAUCCAGUCUGUUUGACGUCACACAAGGGAAAUGUUAUUCAGUGAAAGAAAACAUUCAGAAAGGCAGGAUGCCCCCUGUGCAGAUCAACCCAGCUCUUCAGAACCGCCUCAGGAUGAACUCUCACGCUGGACAAGCUGCAGCCACCGCAGGGAUGGCCAGAAACCUUUGCGUGAGUCCCGAGUCCCAGCAGCUCCUGAAAGAGUUCGAGGAAGCCACGGGAGCCGAUCAGAACUGGGACCCUCGUUUGGCUGAAGCCACCAUGUUGAGUUGUUGGGUCUCAGGGAAGGGGAGCAAGAGGAAACAGCCGUACACCCACAGGACUGGUGGGAGCAAAGCUCCACGACGUUCAAGCUCCCCACUGCUGGCCAUGGAUGAGCAGGAGGACUUAAGCUCCCUGAAGGGCAACUUUGACUGGGACGCCCUGCUAGACUCUGCCCUGAAUGGAGAGUUAAGCUUGAAUGAAGGGGGUCCGUUGAGCCCUAUACCACAAGAUGAGGACUUGAUGGUUAGAGGCACCCAUAUCAGCCCCCUCGAACCACCUGGAGGUGUCAUUGAGAGCCAUGUGUUGAUGGAAACCCAGAGGAGCAGCGAAGCAGACUUUGAUGAGGAAACCUUCCUGGCCACUGCAUUUCUCCAGAGUCCCUGGUCGGAAGUGGAAGAAGGCAACCGUCCCGACUUCCUCUGUAGCUCAACGGUCAACAUCGAUCAACUCUUCGACCUGGGAGACUCUCUCGGAGGAGACUUAAGCAGCAAGAUCGAGUCUCUCCUUUGAAGAGGUCAUUAGUGACACUUGAGAUUCAGGCACAAACAAGUCAAAGAACAAAGAGGGUUCGGACUGUUUACCCCCAAAGAUUUCAUGCUGGAUUCCAUGAAGCCCACGUGAAGAUGUAUUUUUAAAAGUGUAUCUAUUUCUAAGACUGAUUUUUAUGAUUAUGUUUUUGUA